GGGAAGUCGUUGUUCCAGACCAAACUCCAAAAUCCGGCGACUAAAGGGGCUGGAGCCAGCCUUGCCUCCGGAGGAGCUCACCGGAGACUACAAUUCCCAGCAGCCACUGGGCUCGAGCCGGCCUUGCCCCGGGAGGAACUCAUGAGAGACUACAAGUCCCAGUGGUCACUGGGCUCGAGCCGGCCCUCUCAAGGGAGGAACCCAUAAGAGACUACAAUUCCCAGCAGCUACUGGGCUCCAGCCUGCCGCUGACUGGGUGAGUCGGUGAUUGCAUUGGGAGGGGAAGUGAACCACUCCGGCGCUUGGUCGUGACGGCGACUGACAGCGACUUCCACGAGGUUCCCGGCUGUUUUCGCUUGGCCCAGGGACUUCUCUGAGAAGAUGCCGAAGACCAAGUCCGCAGCGAGUAGCCGCCGGCGGGAUCGUCAGGAGCAGCACCGGGAACUGAAGCGAGCUGGAGGACUCAUGUUCAACACAGGGAUCGGACAACACAUUUUGAAAAAUCCUCUAAUUGUUAACAGCAUCAUCGAUAAGGCUGCUUUAAGACCUACUGAUGUGGUGCUGGAAGUUGGGCCUGGGACUGGCAACAUGACGGUCAAGCUGUUAGAAAAGGCCAAGAAGGUAGUUGCCUGUGAACUUGAUCCAAGGCUGGUAGCUGAACUUCACAAAAGAGUUCAGGGCACGCCUCUGGCCAGCAAACUCCAGGUCCUGGUGGGAGAUGUAUUGAAAUCGGAUUUGCCAUUCUUUGAUGCUUGUGUGGCAAACUUGCCUUAUCAGAUAUCCUCUCCCUUUGUCUUCAAGUUGCUGCUCCACCGGCCAUUUUUCAGAUGUGCUAUACUUAUGUUUCAAAGAGAGUUUGCCCUUCGUUUGGUUGCCAAGCCUGGAGAUAAAUUAUACUGUAGACUCUCCAUUAAUACACAGCUUUUAGCACGCGUGGAUCAUCUAAUGAAGGUGGGGAAGAAUAACUUCAGACCGCCCCCCAAGGUGGAAUCCAGCGUGGUAAGGAUAGAACCUAAGAAUCCGCCACCACCCAUCAAUUUUCAGGAAUGGGAUGGCUUAGUUAGGAUCACCUUUGUUCGGAAAAACAAGACACUAUCCGCGGCAUUCAAAUCAAGUGCAGUACAACAGUUGUUGGAAAAAAACUACAGAAUUCACUGUUCAGUACAGAAUACUGUAAUACCAGAAGAUUUCAGUAUAGCAGAUAAAAUACAGCAAAUUCUAACCAGCACAGGUUUUAGUGACAAACGGGCCCGUUCCAUGGACAUAGAUGACUUUAUCAGGUUGCUACAUGGAUUCAAUGCAGAAGGUAUCCACUUCUCCUAGUCAUUUGAAAACUAUUUUUUCAAGACCAAGAAAAAAAAUGGCAUUAUACAAUCCUAAUAUCUGAGAAUACCACUGAUUUUGUUCUACAGGACAUCAUUUACUUUAUAAAUUACUUAAAACUUUUAUACCA